AUGCCCGCGCAUCUCGAACCGAACGCUCUCUUCGGCCACGAUACAGAAGCAAACGAUGAAAUCCGAUCUCUCAGCCGCUCCCCGCAUCCCUAUCAUCACCUCAAUACCGAGCUCCCUCAUCCCGCCCACCGCCUAGUCUAUAAGCCGCCCAAUGCCGCACCGACGCCGCCGAGGACAUCAUCAACAGACUCUAGCCGAACCCCGUCUCCCUUUCCAUCCUUCGCCAAGGACUCUUCGCAGGGUAGCGACAGCGGCACCGAAGCCGACGAUGAGCACUUUCUCAAGGGGCUGCCGGCGCCCAAGGUCCGCCUGCACAAGGGACUAAGGGGGCGGAACGAGGUGCUCUCGGGCUCGUCGACGCCCCUCUUCUCUCCAGACCUGGAAGAAGAUGCUUUGCGCAAGCAGAAGGAAAAGGAGGAUCGGAAAGAGGCCCGCAGGUUCCUCAACGAGCGCAACUACCGCCGCACAAAGGAGCUCAUCCGGCGCGUGUCAGAGUUUAUCAUUGUUGGCUCGCUCUUCGCAGUGGUUCGCUCAAAUCCGUUGGUGAAGCCACUAUUCACCGCGUGGAGCAGAGAACUGCGCUUCCCAGCCACGCUCAUCACCUCUCUCAUGGUCCUCUACCCGAUCCGACUCUUCGCAUGGUUAACACGCCAUAGGCCUUCCUCCAAAAAGCCAGCCAUUGCCGUGCCCACCGUCUUUGAUCCUGCGCCCAUUCUGUAUCCGCCGUCUGUGACGCUCCUCGUGGCGUUACUAAUAUCCCCCGACAACCAGCCGGUCAUCCUUGCAAACAUUAUUCUGAGCAUUUCUUCGAUACCCAAAUACUUAAUCCCGACGGCUCGCGCUCACGAAGCCAUUAACCCCCUUCAAUGGGUUCUAUCCUGCAUUCCCAUGUGGCUUUCGCAGCAACACCCGGAAGCGACACUAUCUAGACCGAGCAUCAGCCCAGAGACGGCUGUUCUCCUGUACCCGCUGCACCAGACGCUGCUCGAAGUGCUGCACUACCUUACUACGACGAGCCUGCUCACGGCUGAGCUGCAGCUGCUCUCCAUCGCCUUGAUCAAUGUGCUCCUCCUCGCCCACUCGCCGCAGGCCACCAUUCUCCAAGCGCUGCUCUGGGGAGGCGGUGUGGGCGUGCUCGUCGUCUGCGGACCGGUGAUUCGAUGGGGCAUCGCCUUGGCUAGGGUUCCAAGGCUGCGCUUCAGGCGCGUUGGGACCCCGUCAAAGAAGUCAUCCGUCUUUGGGUUUCUCUCCGAGGGACUCUCGAUGCGGCGCUUCAAGCACGAGCUGCUGGGCUCAUCACUGGAGGAGUCGGCAUCCGAACUGGGCGAUUCCGAAGAGGAAAUCAUCAACGGACCCUUUGCGAAACCCAUGAGAGUCCGGACGUUUGGCAUGGCCGAUAUGCCCUCCCGAGGAGAGCGCAAGAUGAGCGCCUCUCCCGAUGGCAAAGCCCCAGCGUCACCAAACGGGUUCGCCGCCGAGCGACGCAACACGUUUCCGUAUGCUUUGCAACGGCCGCGGCGGUCCCUGACACACACAUCAGCAGGCCGAAGGAAACGCACCGCGUCGACCACCGUCCGCUCCUUCUUCAAGCUGACGGAGGCACAAGCCACCAUGAGGAAGUGGUCGUACGCGGCGUACGUCUACACUUGCAUUGUGCUUAUCAUCUUGGUGCCUGUGCGAGAGUACAUUGACCGCCAUGCGCUGCUGGGUAACGAGCCCGUCGGCUGGGCACUGGGAUAUCUCUUUGGCGAGCUGCCGUGGUUCCGGUUCAAGGUGGUCGAAGCGAACCUCGAGAGAUGGAUCUGUUUACCUGCACGCCUGAGCGAGGACGUUGCAAAGGCGUCCUGCCACCAGGGCUGGGUGCAGCACAUCCGCCUCGCCGACUUUGGCGAAGCCAACACCCGGCUCCUGAUGGCAGCGUACUGGCUUGCCAUUGUCAUUAUCGGCUUGACCGUGGUCAUCCGCCUGGACCCCAAGUACGAGGUGGACACGAGGCGAAAGGUGUUCCACUUUAUGAUGGUCGGCAUGUUCCUCCCUGCGACCUUUAUCGACCCCGUCUUUGCGGCUUUGGCACUGUCGCUUGUCCUCGCCAUCUUCCUUAUCCUCGAUCUCCUCCGGGCGAGUCAGCUCCCGCCGCUGUCCCGGCCCAUCGCCUCGUUCCUCACGCCGUACGUCGAUGGCAGAGACCACAAGGGGCCUGUCGUUAUUUCGCACCUGUUCCUGCUCAUCGGUUGCGCCAUCCUCUCUGGCUGUCCUCGCCACCCUUCCGCGCUCUGGCAGCGGCUACCUGACCCUCCUCCGGGCGAGUCAGCUCCGCCGCUGUCCCGGCCCAUCGCCUCGUUCCUCACGCCGUACGUCGAUGGCAGAGACCACAAGGGGCCUGUCGUUAUUUCGCACCUGUUCCUGCUCAUCGGUUGCGCCAUCCCUCUCUGGCUGUCCCUCGCCACCCUUCCGCGCUCUGGCAGCGGCUACCUGACCGGGUGGGAGGUGCCGACGCGCGAAGUCAGCAUGGUGGCGGGCGUCAUUUGCGUCGGCCUCGGCGAUGCUGCCGCAUCUCUUAUCGGCAGGCGGUACGGGCACAGGAAAUGGGUCUGGGGCGGCGGCAAGAGUCUCGAGGGCAGCGUCGCGUUCGCGGUGGCCGUGUUCCUCGGGCUGAUGGCGGCAACGACCUGGCUCCGGGUUGGCGGGUGGCCCGUCGCGGCGGAGCAGCAUGUGGCGUGGCCUACGUCGGCGCGGAACGCCGGCUUCUGCGCCAGCAUGGCGAGCUUGACGGAGGCGGUCUUGACCGGCGGAAACGAUAACGUUAUUGUGCCGGUGGUCCUCUGGACGUGUGUUAAAAGUAUCGGGGUGUAG